AUGUCAACGUUGAGUAACCUUGAUUCUCCAUUUAGGGUUAACAGCUCAACCGCUGGAGAGGUGUCCGUGUUCUUCAUUCCAAACCUUGGUCGAGAGUAUACUCCUCAAGACAUCUCUAUUAAUACUCUUAACAGUUAUGCUACUCGUAUUUCACCAUUCUCUUUGUUUCUCUUUUACAAGAGCUCCACACCCUAUAUCAUAAAGGAAAACACAGCACUUCGUCAAACUGCCCAAACCCCCUCCCAAUUUUUGGCCUCUUCGAUUUUUGUGGAAUCAGAAAGCACACUGAUCGUUGUAGGCAAUCAAGCAGUCAUAGAACGGGCGACUUUUGCAAUUAAAGUGCCACAAAUGUACUUAAACCCACCAACCAUAGCAAGUGACACGGCAACCAUUUCUCAAGUGUUCAAGCAAUCUCCUUCCGGAAUAUAUCCUGUCGCUGUUGCUUUCAAUCUACCUCAAACGACCACUACAACAAUGACAAUCUCUUUUUUAGUGCAAAAACUUGCUGCAGUUCAACAAAAGAAUGGAGUGAUAAGUAAGGCACCACCUGUCAUAUCAAUAGUGGGAAUUCAAGAUGUUUCUACGAGAACACUAACUAUUCCAUCGUUUAACACAACAUACACUUGUUUACCAAACUCAAAUACCGAUUCUCUUUACAUUACGAGUUAUUUACCUCUCUCUGGAAUGAACGGUAAAUGGAGAUUUCAGCUUGUUCUUGAUCCUUCUUACACCUCAACAGAAACAGUGGUUUCAAUCAAUGCCCAAACAAGGUCAGAGUUCUAUGUUCCUUCCUCGAACCAAAUAGGAGACAUUCAAAUGGGCUACACAACGGCACUUGUCUCAGAUUUUGAGUUCAAGAUGUCAUUACCGGGUUAUCAAGAUAAGAUGAUUUACACCUUUACCUUCAAUAGCAAUGAUCUCUAUUUCAAAAACCGAUUCUACGAAAUUUAUUUCGCAAUAGGUUUUAAGCCAACGUUGCAAUAUUAUCAUUUAAAAACACCAAGAUUGAAGAUUGGAGGAGUUAAUCAAGCAUUUAGCUUCAAUUUGAAGUAUGUCAGCCAACAAUUUAUUAUUUCCAACCUUGACUCGUCGACCGUUUACACAACUAACAGCUAUACGAGUCUAGUUGACAAAAGCAUGUAUAUUCUAAUACAUCCAAUAAUUUCUUCCAGUACAGACGCAAAUAUUGAUUGCACCUUACAAAGUAACACUGCUUUUGCUUUGUUCAAGGUAGAGGCAAGUAAAAAGGAGGAAGAAAGGACGCUGAUUUUAUUUCCCGACUCGACUCUCAGAAUUACCCCUAAAGCAACGAUUCGUGUCAUCACAGAUUCAGUUAACAAAGCCAGCAACUAUGGGAAAACAUGCUUAAUUGAGUUUGUCACAAACGACCUUAAUGCAUUCUCAGAAUCUCAAGUACCAGUACUGUCAGAACGAAAUAUUUUUUCUCAGGAUGUGACAAAAUAUCCAAUGAAGAGAUUAGAAUUAGUGAGCUUGGGACAAUCAACCAAAACCCUCCUCAAGUUUUAUUACGAAAUUCACAUCUCAAAAUCGACACCUUCCUUCUCAUACACAAUACAGAUUCCUGACGGCUCCUUUUCAGAGCUCACAAUUCAAGGUUCUGUGGAAGUUUAUACGUCGCUACCUAAACUUUUACUGGAUGACUUUUAUCUUGGAACUUAUAUAAGUACUGGAUGUAUAGUUGCAUCCAUUCUCUUUUAUAUCCUUGUGGCUUUACUUGUAUUCGGUGUUCAAACAUGCAGAGGUAUUUUAAUUGAUUUGAGCGACAAUCAUAGAUGGGCUGGAUGUAUUCCUGCCAAAAUCGUCGCAUUGCCUAUUUUGUUCACGUUGUGUUGCUGUUCUCCUUUCUUUGUUUGUUGUUCAAAUAGAACAAACAAGAGAAAGUCUGCACUUUGUUGUGCUUCAUUGUGUUGGUUUUUACUUGGAUUUGUGACAUUGUGUGGUUUUGGAAUUGUGUUUGGCAUGUUAAUCAGUGAUGUCAACGAAUUAAGUUUGGUGUCAACUGGAGCAAAGACUUCUCCCCAUUUCGCCAUUACCUCAACAGUGAUGUCAUGUUGUGAAACUCAAGGUACACCUUAUAGUUUCCCUUGGGAGAGCUCAAGUCCGCCUUUUCGAAGGGUAGGAGAUAUCUUGCAAUGCAUCAACUCAGAUUCUUUGGCUGGUGUGUAUCGAUACACUGAAAAUGAUAUGAGUCCAACUACUCCUGUUUCUUAUUAUUCCAUUACGGGAGGUCAAACUGCAGUAGCUUUUUCGAGAAUGUAUUGCAAGGGAUCAAAAGUUUCUUACCUUCCCAAAUACUUGGACAUGUCACGAGUGUUUGGUAUUGUCACACCUUUUGGAUUUAUUUUCUUGUUAAUGGCCUUCAUUCACUGGUGCUACCUGUUGUUGGGAUCGUGCAUGACACCAACAUCCAAAGAGAGCACUCUGGCCAAGCAUAACACAACAAUGAAUGCUCACACAAAAGACGUAAUCAUCAACCCUUUCCUAGUUCAAGACAUGAUUGCACAAUCAGUAUUCGAUGGAACCAUUAAGGAUAUUGAGCUGCCUGACACGAAAAUAACAGCCUCGAAAGGAGCUCCACCUCCACCAUUCGUCGAUGUACCACCUCCACCAUAUUCUCAUGCUUUGCAAAACGAUGUUUAUGCCUUUGAUAGAGCGAUUAGUGUUUACAAUUUAGACGAUGUUCAACAACAACCAGUUCAAUUGACAACUUUCAUUUCUCAAAAUGUGUCUGGUAAUAUGACUUGCUAA